UCCUGGCCGGUGACUCGAGGGUGCUCCCGCAGUUGCGACUCAUCGCUUAAAUGCGGCUGGCUGGACCGACAGCUUGGAGCCUGGUAGUAGGCAGGGAGCUGUGUUUCGCCCCGGUCGCCAUGCCGGCCGUACUGAGCCAACCCUGAGCUUUCCCGUCGAGUACUGCCUUCGUUGGGUUUUCUUAUUUGUUCCUUUGGCGCGGCGUGUUCCUCCGCUACGCUCUCGCGCUACGGAAAAGCCGAGCCUUGUCCUCGCCUAGCCUGCUAGCCAGCGCUGCCGGCGUGUCCUCCCAGAAUGGAGCUGGAAACCUCGAUGGAGCAGUCCGUUCAGACGCGCAUCUUCAAGAUCAUCGUCAUUGGCGACUCCAACGUGGGCAAGACCUGCCUGACUGUGCGCUUCUGCGGGGGAGCCUUCCCGGCCAACACCGAAGCCACCAUCGGCGUGGACUUCAGGGAGAAGGCGGUGGAGAUCGAGGGAGAGCACAUCAAGGUGCAGGUCUGGGACACAGCAGGCCAGGAAAGGUUCCGGAAGAGCAUGGUGGAGCACUACUACCGCAAUGUACAUGCUGUUGUCUUCGUCUAUGAUGUCACCAAGAUGGCUUCCUUCAUCAAUCUUAAGACCUGGAUUGAGGAGUGCAAUGGCCAUGCAGUCCCUGCCCUUGUCCCUAAAGUGCUUGUGGGAAACAAGUGUGACUUGCGGGACCAGAUCCAAGUGCCGUCCAGCAUGGCCCUGAAGUUUGCUGAUGCACAUAAUAUGCUUUUGUUUGAAACCUCAGCCAAGGACCCCAAAGAAAGUCAGAAUGUGGAAUCUAUUUUCAUGUGUCUGGCUUGCCGGCUGAAGGCCCAGAAGUCUCUACUUUAUCGGGAUAUGGAGAGGCAGCAGGGGAAGGCACCGAGAAUGACGCUUAUGCCAGAUGGGAGCAGCAAAAACUGUCUCUGCUGAACUGCUGAGGUUGCAAUUCCUGACCAUUUAAUGGGUAUGUGUGUGAGUGUAUGUGAGAAGGGCAGAUGGUUUUGACCCUCGAUGAACUGAAUCAAGACCUGCUUGUCUCAAUCUAAGUUAAAUGUUAAGUUAAUAAUAAAAUUUGUAUGGCAUUCAACUGGUUUGGUUGUAGCUUUGUUUAUGCUUGUUUGUGAUCUGAACAAGCCCUUGUGAUAAACACCUUUGCUGAUGAUGG